UUUUUGAGUAUAAUAAAUACCUCUCAUUGUUAGCACGCAGGCAGUAACGCCUAUGUCUAUUUCUUUGGGUCCUUUGAUCCAAAAUGUUAGAGCUACGCAGUCAGAACAGCAAUGGAGUCGAAUAGUGUGCUUCAACAAGAAUGAAACUGAAACAUGACAGACCUAACCUGAUGGUAACCCUCUCCAGCCAGCUUCAGAAACGCCACAACGGAGGUUAGGACCCCCCUGCUCCAGAGCCAGCCGCCCCCCCCCCCCCCCCCCCCCCCAGGACUGCCACCUCCAGUCUGAGCACAGUGCCCUCCACCCAGACAUCAUGUACUGCCUGCAGUGGUUGCUCCCAGUCCUCCUGAUCCCCAAGCCCCUGAACCCCGCCCUCUGGUUCAACCACUCCAUGUUCAUGGGGUUCUAUCUACUAAGCUUCCUGUUGGAGAGGAAACCCUGCACCAUCUGUGCCUUGGUGUUCCUGGCCGCACUCUUCCUCAUCUGCUACAGCUGCUGGGGGAACUGCUUCCUGUAUCACUGCCACGACACAGUACUGCCGGACUCCGCACACAACCCCAGCAUUGUGGGCACCUAAGACGGAUGGAUGGGGGAAAGAGGGGGUGGCCUCACACACAUGCGCGUACACUCACUCUAAACACACACUAGGAGAGCACACGGACCCUGGACAAUCUGUAACUAGGCUGUGAAUCCCCCCCACCCCCACCCUUAUACACCAGAGACUGUGUUCUCAUGUCGCUACCAAGGCUUCUCCUUCUUUAGGUCCCGCCCACAGCCCCACUCCUGCUGUUUAGAGUGAAUGCCCCCUUACUGCCGCUUCACAUCCGUUUGCAUGGUGUGCCUCUUAAGUUUUCAUACGUCAUGUUCAUACACAUAUUUUAAUUAAGUGUGCAGAAGGUUUUUCCAAAGGGUAGAAAAUCAAUUGUUGAGUGUGUUUGUACGUAUGAGUGAUGACUAGUGUAUGAUUGUUUUGUAUGUAAAAGCUGACCGUCAGUGUGGUAUUCAGUAGCAGGUGGAAUAGGUCAUGGUGGCUCGUACCCUCAGUGUUGCCACCUACAGGUUGGAGGAGGAGAGAGAUCUAUCUGUGAAGCGGCACCCUUCAACUGAAACAAUUGUGACCCUGUGUCCUUCACCUGCCACGACCUUGCUGAGCAGCACCGCUGUCUGCUGUUCAUUUAAUAAAGGUCGAUCGUCUGAUGUGUGUUCUAGGAGUCGUCCCCUGUAGGGCAGGGAGCUCCGGGAUCUAACGUGCCCAGUCAUGUCAUUCUGGAUUGGCAGUGUUCAAAAACAUGCAGGUUCAUUGAGGGGCAUCGGUGCUACCUGACAGAUCUAGAAAUGAUCAGCCACCAGUACUGGAAGACUUGUCAGUGGUAGAUCUCGAAAGAUAUUCUUGACAUGGUGUUCUUGUACAUGGUUCUAAGGAGCUGAGCGGUUUAACUGGUGUUCCAGCCCCACAUGAGAAUUCUCUGAACUUCUCAUGUUCCAGACAGGACUAUUUUAGUAAGAUGUGAUCAUAGGAUAUUGGCCCAUGAUAUUAUUUGUGGGAUGCAAAAGCUGGACAUGUUCAGAAUCUACUGGCAUCAGGACUGUUCUUGUGUUUGUGUUAAAGUUUUAAGAAAAAAUGUGGAUGGAAUGUUCAUGGGUUAUUGUUUACUCAGCCUUCCCUACAGUGUGACCCCACACCUCCAUAAUGUCACUAAAACCAGUCAACUACAAUCCUCCUUUCUUCAUAAAAUACAGGUGACGGUGAAACCAAAUCAUUGUAAGAAUGCUGUUCAGUAUUUCUGUGUUCGGACGCUGUAGCUGUUGAUAUGUUUGUUUGAUCAUUAAAGAUAUGAGUAGUU